GUAGUGGUUUAAAUAUCUGCCAGAUUUCCCACUUUACUCGACUAAAAACACAUUAUUUUGGUUUAAUACAUCCGCCCCACCUUUUGUCGUUCCUUUUAUAAAAUACAACGUGCUCACAGAUUUACCAUGAAUGUAAAUCAACAAGUUCAACAGUCACAACCGCGUCAAGUAUCGUUCAAUGUUUCGGAUCAUUAUCAGAUUAUUGAGAUUGUAGGUGAGGGUGCGUACGGUAUUGUUUGUUCGGCUAUUCACAAGCCGUCCAACCAGAAAGUCGCUAUUAAGAAGAUUGAACCGUUUGAAAGGAGCAUGCUCUGUCUUAGGACUCUUCGAGAAUUAAAAUUAUUAAAACAUUUCAAUCACGAAAAUAUAAUAAGUAUAUUAGCAAUCCAGCGACCGGCCAGUUAUGAAACCUUCAAUGAAAUCUACUUAAUUCAAGAACUCAUGGAGACGGAUUUACAUCGAGUUAUCCGCACCCAGAAGUUGACGGAUGACCAUAUCCAAUAUUUUAUUUAUCAGACAUUAAGAGCUUUAAAGGCCAUGCAUUCGGCUAAUGUGUUACAUCGAGAUUUAAAACCACUGAAUUUGUUAUUGAAUUCAAAUUGUGAUUUGAAAGUGUGCGAUUUCGGGUUGGCCAGAUCUAUAGCAUCGCUGGAAGACAAUUUCGGGUUCAUGACCGAGUACGUUGCUACUAGAUGGUACAGAGCUCCUGAAAUCAUGCUAACUUUCCAAGAAUAUACCACGGCAAUUGAUGUAUGGUCGGUUGGUUGUAUACUUGCGGAAAUGUUGACAGGUAAACCAUUGUUCCCUGGGCGUGAUUACCAUAAUCAAUUAUGGUUGAUUAUGGAAGUGUUGGGUACGCCAAACAUGGAAGACUACUAUAAUAUAAAAUCUAAAAGAGCAAGAGAAUACAUUAGAUCAUUACCGUUCUGUAAGAAAGUUCCGUUCCAAGUGUUGUUCAAUAAUCCUGACAUCAACCCCUUGGCACUUGAUUUAUUGGAGAAUUUACUUAUAUUCAAUCCGGCCAAGAGAAUAACAGUGGACGAUGCUUUGAAACAUCCAUAUUUGAAAUUAUACCAUGAUCCAAAUGAUGAACCUAUAAGUGAGAAAAUCCCCGAGGACUUCUUUGAUUUUGAUAAGAGAAAGGAUGAGUUGACGGUAGAGGAAUUGAAGAAGAUGCUAUAUGAUGAGAUAAUGAAGCCAUUGUAAGACAGUAUUUGCAUAGACUCUGGUAAGAGUAGGUUUAUAAAGUCUAUAGGUAAUGUAUUUUGACUUGUAAUUAGGCGGAUGUUUCGUAGCGGGUGGUAUACGACGCGAAAUUUUGUUUCUUGUUUUUCUAUGUAAAUGCCGACCUACACCCAGCGAACCGCGUUCAUGGUGGAAUUA